UUGAGCAGUAGCAGCUCAACACUUGUAGCGAAGCUCGCUAGCAUGUGUGGAGGUAAUGCUAUAAAACGGCGAAAAGGUGACGCUGAGGAUUACUAUACCCCCCACGCCGUCAUGGGUGUUAUUGAGGAUAACUAGCUGAUCGGUGUUCACGUAUUUAGUGAAAAUGACUGGUCGAGGUCAGCACUAUGGGUUCCAAGCCGCCACCAUGGUUCAAACUUCCAAUGGUGGUCAUGCCUACCUGUUUGGGACCAAUAAUUCAGAGAAUGAACUAUCCGAGGAGGAUGGGGAAAGCUUUGAGCUGCGGCCACGUGGCAGAGAAAGAAACAAAAGGAGCACGUCCAGAGAGAGGGUAGAUGAUAUUGUCUACCUGACUAGAGAUAUCAAGGAGGGGGACACCCUGAACAGCAUUGCCUUGCAGUACCAUUGCUCGGUGGCAGAUUUAAAGCGUGCAAACAAUCUCCUGACAGAGCAAGACUUCUUCGGCCUGAGAUCUGUAAAAAUUCCUGUCAAACGCUUCAGCGUCCUGACAGAAACUCACAAUACUGGACCUCUCAAAUCAGCCCCCUCUUCUGAAACCCACCGCCUGACCCAUACCUCGCCUAUCACCUCCCUCCCUGUGGAGUCUUCCACAGACUCCUCCUCUUCCACAGACAGCGUGGAAGGCUUCCUCAUGGAGAAGGACAAGGACAUCGAGCGACUGGUCAAAUCCACCGCUCCAUCGAGGAGCAGCCUCAACGAAGUUGUGUCCUCUUUAACCCUCCAGCAGAAUCAGCUCUUGCUGGGAAAAGGAGAGUACAAACCAGUGGAGAAAAAGGACCCUUAUUACGGAGCAGACUGGGGCAUGAGAUGGUGGACUGCUGUGGUCAUCAUGCUGGUGGUCGGCAUCGUCACGCCUGUGUUUUAUCUGUUGUAUUAUGAAGUCCUCAUGAAAACUGAGGGCAGCCAUCACAGCACGCCAAUAGAGGGCCUGCGGGACAUGUCUCCUGGACAUCUCCAUGGUGCCAUUCCUUCAGAAGACAGUUAUGCAGGAGCUGGCUCCCCACACCAUGCUGGAGCUGUACCUCAUGAAACCACACAAGGCCUCAGAGUGGACAGUGCAGAACACGGAAAGACAUAGCAUCUGUAGUGGCAUAGUAACUCUAAUGACAUGAUUAAAAACAAUGCAAUCUUGUCACUUUAAUAGGGAACAAACAUUUACACUAUAUAUUUCUAUUAAUUUAAACCAAGAUGACCACCCAAAUGGACACGGUCAUUCAUGCUGCUGCUGCCUUUGAAGCCACAUGCAAUGUUCCCUAAGUAUGGACAAUUCAUGUCCAUUCUUUGAAAUGUUUAAUUAUGCAUUUGGGCUUAAAGUUAUUUUAUUGUAUUUGGUCCGUUUUGCAUACGACAUGGUUAUUUCUAGGAUGAAUCAUGUUCAUUGUUCUAAUUUAGAAAUAAUAUAUUUCCAGACUAUUGUGCCAUUGUACACUCAUGGAAGUUAAUUAGUGAUGUACUUUCUUUUUAAACUGAGGAAAUGUCAUUAAAAAAAUAUUAGGCUCAUUGGAAAAUAUUCCUCCAAUGACUCAAUUAUGACAGGUUUUGUGUAAAGCCCUUUUACUUCAAUACUUGUGUAGAUUAUGGAAAAGCAUUUUUCUGUUGACAGUAUGUGCCUUUCAACCUGUGGAAAUGUUCUUACAGGCUGGAGAAUAAAGAAAACUAUUUUCAAAUAUU